CCAACGAUUGCAAGACCUCUAAUUAGAAGCACGGGACUUCUACAACAAACACACACACAUCCUUCUCAGUCGGAGCCGCCCUCUUUCUACUCGGCGAUACGUCGCGCUCUGUCAGCUUCACAGAAGCGUCGCAACAUGGAACGAUGCCCGGGUAUAUACAUAUAUAUCAAUUGCAAUCGACGCACGACCCGCACGCACUCCGACUACACUUCGACAUUCUCCCGUCAGUCGACACUUGGAUACUUUUACCUCUUGUGUUUGGCUAGGGAUGAGCGGUGGGAGUUUCGUCUGUGCUGGAUGCGGCACCGGCAUCGAAGACCGCUAUCUACUGUUUUCACUGGACAGAUACUGGCACCAGGGAUGCCUCCGCUGCAGCUGUUGUCACACAGCAUUAGCCGCCGAAGGAUCGACCUGCUACGUGAAGGCAGACCAGAUCCUAUGCAAGAAAGACUAUCUCAGAUUAUAUGGACGCAAUGGGGUGUGCUCGCUGUGCGCUCAGAGUAUACCGGCGUCUGAGAUGGUGAUGCGUUGCCGAGACCGCGUGUAUCAUGUCGGGUGCUUCCAGUGCGGAUACUGUCGUCGACCGUUGACGACGGGUGAUAGGUAUUAUCUGGUAGGCGGUCAACUGGUGUGCGAAACGGACUUCGAGGCGAGAAGACAGGCCGGACAGACGGUGCAGCUGCCACAGAAUCCCAUCGCUGUCGUCACGUGCACUCAUCAACAGCUGUUGUAAAUUGUCGCGUUAGAUGAAUUAGGUUACGAGUUUUGAUUAAUUGAGUUAAUCACGUGGUGAUUGAAAUGUACGACAGGCCGCUCGUCAUGUGACGUGUAUCAAGCACAGCUAGAAGGCUGCCUGUACGUUUACUGACUCCUACACUGUGGGUGCUCUUUACUAGCCUAGAGGAGUACGUACUUAGCAA